AUUUCAAUGUUCAAAAUAAAACUGGUUGCAUACUUUUUAAUCUAACUGUACGAGAAUCAAGGUCAAUGACUAAUCAAAGUCAAUAUUCAAUUAUGGAUCCGUGGCUGUGUUGUCAAACAGGCGUUUCGGUUUCGGAAAAUAAUACAAAAUUUGAGUUUGAGGACAAUUUCACACCCACUCUAGAUAACAGAUUACCUGAUUCUGAAGAAUAUCUUGCCGUAUUAGAAGAAAAACUAAAAAAAAUAAAAGCAGAUCCGAAUAUUUUGGCGCAAUUGGUUGCAAAAAGGGAGGCGUGUAUGCAAGAAUUACUUAACGGUGUUAAUGGUAACGGUGUAAAACACGUAGAUGAUCACAUUUUAGAACUUAACGAACCUAUUUCAAAUUCGCAAGUAUUACGGGCGAUAGCUCCUCAAAGACAGGCUAUAAAUCAGGGCGAAGUUGUAGAAUUCAUUAAAUACGAUCAACUAGAGUAUGAAGACAGCGAUUCUUCAGUAAAUAGGAGUGAAGACUCUUAAUUGAUCUAAUAGUGUAAGCAAUAACAAAAAAAUUUAUUAAUAACGUUUUCUCUGGUUGUUAUAUAUCUGCUGUAAAUUGGUUGAGUCUCUUAACUGGUUCAAUACGAUUCUUAUGUGCAGUUAUGGCUUCAGAACAAGGUAUAUUUCCACUUCGAAGGGGCCACAAUAGGUUUCUAUUGAUGCAGAGUAUUUGUUCUCGGAACAUAAAUUCCCUUUGCUCUUUUGUGCAUUGUAAUUACCUAUUUUUCAAUAAAUCUCUUUUUAAGAGGGCAAUUUUUGCAAUCUGUCUCCAGAAUCAAUAUCAAUGUAUUGUUCUGAUUUUAAUUUUUUUAUACAUAUCGAUGAAAUGAUAAAAUAUACUGUUUUUUUGUAAACACUGGCUAAUGUCCUAUUUUUUUCCAAAGAUUUAUGACUUUAUCGAAUUUUCAUUAUGUAGUAUUGCUGGGUGUGUUCUAAAAUUCCAAAUAACUAUUUUAUUGUUAUUAGUGAGAUAAUUCUGUGUUGUAAGGACUGAAAUUAAUACAAAAUCGGUUCUUUGUGAGAAUGUGGAUUUAAAAUUGGGGUUUUACUUUUAAAUAGCCACGAAGAUCAGGCAUUGUAAUUUCCAAAGAGAGUUUAUUAGUAACUAGGUAAUUUCUAGGAGUUUUUUUUUUAAUUUUGUUAAAACUAUUACAGAUCUAAUCAAUUUUAUGAGAAAGAAAUGAUUGAAUAGGAGGCAUGAGGAUUGGUUAAUGUAUUAUUUAUCACAAGCUUUCCAUUGCUGAUGUUUGACAAGUUUUUAAGACCCCUGUAAUGCAGAUAUACUGCAAUUUCCGUCAUUUUAGAGUAUAUUCACAAUUAUUUUUAAUUUGUAGGUAUAAUAUGAAACCAUUAUUAUUUUUAUUGAAGUUAGCUUGGGAUAGUAGAUAUCGUCUUCCAAUUCUUAUAACAGUGGGUUUCAUGGUGUUAGAUGUAAGAAUGCAGUUGGACAUCAACGUUCAAACUAGAAGAAUACCACGAACAAGACGUCCGCCACCUGUGAUACAAAUACAUGAGGCAGAUAAUAGAGAACAAAAUGAUAUUGAGGAUAAUGUUUCCAACGGUAUAUAAAAUUUAAUUGUUUAUAUAGUCGAAGUAUUUCUAGAUCAUCAUUCCAUUGAUCAAUAAGUUCCUGGUCACAGUAUUGCAUGUGUUUAUCGAGUUUUGUUUUUUAAUUGGAACAAAUACUGUUGAGGUAAAGUGAGCAAAAAUACAAAAAAAAUAGAAAAAAAUUAGUAGCGAUUGUUCUUGUAUGCUAUUGUACUUAUUGCAGAAGAAAAACGACCCAAUUGUGGAAGAAAAAUUAUCUUUUUUUGUCAAGAUAAUGCAUCAUGUGACCAUUCGAUAAAAAUUAUGGUCAAAUUCAGUUAAUUGCCUCGGGAUCUAUUAUAUUUUUUAGAUCUAGCUCCUAGCGAUUACUGGUUGUAUUCAGACUUGAUAUAAUGCCUCAAGGAGAAAAUUAAAGCUGAAACAGUAACCUAUUUCAGAAAAAUCUUGAUGAAUGAAACGAAAUUUUUCAUAAAAACAGUUUACUAAACCAGUGAUUUAUUGAUUGAUGUGUUACUGUUAGAAUCAGGUGAAUAUUUCAUUAUUAAAAUCAUUUUUCCAGAUUCAUGGAGUACUGUAGAGGAAGAUAAUGAACCGGGUGUACAACUACAUGCAUAAGGAUGUUACUUUGCUGUUAAAAGAGUUGAUAUAUUAAUUUAUUCAUAUAACUAUGAAUUGUUUUUGUCAUCGAAUGAAUUAUGAAUUUGUUAUUAGCCUAUUUUUAAUGUACAUGCACCAAUCAAUCUAAAUAUAAAUUUAUUCUUCAAA